GAGAGUUAGUCUGUUAAGUCAAUGUCCUGCCUUUAAAAGGAGCUGCCUUCAGGAUUAGGGGGAAAUUUUAUCAUCAGGACAGGUUGACUAAUAGGAAGAGCUUUUCUUUUAUUCUUUACUCUAAGGAGCCAAGUCAAUCAGUCAAGACAGGUCACUCUGACGAUGGCAGAGCCCAGCACGCAGCCCCGGGUCUACUUCCAGUCCCCGAGUAAGGAAGAAGAGCCUCAGGCACAGAGGAAACUGGGCAAGUUCACCGUCCGAUAUGACAGGAAAGAUCUACAGAGGAGACUGGACAUCGAGGAAUGGUUGGACUUUCAGCUCCAUCAGCUGUAUGGAUGUGAGGAGGAAGAAAUCCCAGAGCUGGAGAUUGACAUUGAUGAACUGCUAGAGAUCUCAGAUGAAGACCAGCGCUCCAAACUCCAGGAGAUACUACACGAAUGCUGUAAACCGACAGAGGAUUUUAUCAAUGAGCUUCUCAUUAGAAUAAAGGGUCUUCGGAAAAUGACAGUCUCCCAGAAGAAGUGACACUGAGGUCAACUCCCAGCGGAACAGAAUCUCUACGAUGGAAUUGAGUGUGAGGUCAGAUGAACCCCACUCUGAUCUGUUCGUGUAAAUGACACCCUUUUAUUGGUCAAAGAAGAAAGACCAGUCACCGGACUGAAAUCUCUGAAGCAUGCCAGGUUGGGGGUCGAAACCCACACAUUUGUAAAAAAAACAGAAAGCAAGCAAAGUAUGUUUGUGGCUAUUUAUGACUUUUUUUGUUAAAGUGUUAAUAAACAAUGAUGUUUAGGUGUAAAUUGUGUUGGCUGGUC